CUUUCCAGAGCUCUUAUUCUUGCAGAGAAUGAGUUUGAGCCACAUGGAAGAUAUGCCUUUAAGCCAUUCAAGUCCUCAAGGGACACACAGAUCAUCCUGGAAGCAAUGGUUCCUCUACUCAACAAUAGUUACUUUGCUGUUGCUUUGCUCCUUCAGUACACUAAUUCUUACUUUUCUUCCACUCAAGACUGCCAGUGAGCCCUGCAUAGCUAAGUUUGGACCAUUCCCUUUAAAAUGGCAAAUGACAUGUCCCAAGCUUCCUUGUGUGAAUAAGACAGCUGACGAGAAACUGGAGAUACUUCAGAAUGGCUUGUACCUAAUUUAUGGCCAAGUGGCUCCCAAUACAACCUACAAGGAACCAGCUCCUUUUGAGGUGCGGCUACGUAAAAAUGAAGACAUCAUACAAGCGCUAACAAAGAACUCUACAAUUCAAAAUGUAGGAGGGACUUAUGAAUUGCAUGCUGGAGAUAUACUAGAGUUGAUAUACAACUCUGAACAUCAGGUUCUAAAAAAUAAUACAUACUGGGGGAUCUUAUUGCUAGCAAAUCCCCAAUAUAACUCCUAGAGACUCAAUUUGGCCUCCUUAUCAUCUUUAGCACAUGCAGAAAUGCUGGUGAGUGUGUUGGAGGAGGCAGAUUUUCAACACCCACAGUUUGUCUGAGUACACAAAUCAACACAUACAGAACUCCUCUGCAUGUGAGUUUUCAUCUCUCAAGCUUAUCCGAAAGAGACUCAGAGGACAGGCCAGAGACAUUUGAUUACCUCUGACAUUGGGUCAGCAAAGAUGCUUUACUAAUCCAUGAUAAGUGACUGUGGGUGGCUCAAGGACAGAAGCUUCUCAAAGAGUCUGUGUCUAGUUCUUGAAUCCUUGGAUGGGGAAAAAUUGUCUUAUUGCCCUGGGAGCCUUACCUGGUAUGCAAAAAACGAUUCAGGGUGGUGGCCUGGCCUUGUUCUCAUAUUCCUGGGCUGCUUCACUUUAUUCUUCCCAUACUCCUGUCUUUUGAGGCCCUCCUAUUAAAGGUAGCCAGACUGGGAGGGUGGCCACAGAUAUGCCAACAACACCCCACUUUAGAUGUGAUGAUGUUAAGAACACAGAGAAUACUCAGAAUUAUUGGGGCAGAGGCACAGAUGGCAUAGAAUGGAAUGCACUUUACUUGGGAAAUUCCCUUGAUUUCAUCACAUUCAGGAUGCAGAAUGCUUUAUAAAACCAUUUGGUCAAAGGACUCAUUCUGAACGUUGACACUGGGCUCAUGAGAAGUUGUUGAUGUGUGUCUAAAUAUUGUCAGUAGUAAAGAAAGUAAUCAUUAGUAAUCAUAAAAUUAAACCCUAGAAAUUGGUAUCAUCAGUACUGUAUUAUGUCAUGUAAUAAUUUCAUAUUUUUAGCUGGCUGUCCACAGUUUGCAAAGUGCUUUCAUAUAUCACAGGGCAACUCUAUGAAGCGAAUGGGGCAGGUGUUUUUGGCACAAUUUAAACAAAGAAAAUAUGAAGGCAUCUGGAACAUAGGUGAUUUGCCUCAACCCAUAGAACUAAUGACUGAUAGGGCCAGUGGGCUUCCACAGUGUAUCACACUAUCUCAGCUUUAGGGUUAGUAUUUCAGCUAUGAUGUUAAGUCCAUAGAGCUUAGCAGAUUUAAUUAUCAGGAGAUGCAUUCCCUUUCAGCUCAAGGUGGGUAGACUGAAGCUACAACCGACUCUCCUUCCUUAGCAAACUACUUUUUCCUUUCCCUGCUUGAAGCAGGGAGCACAAGGGUGUUGCUCAGGGCUUAUUCCAACCAAAUCCCCUUCCUCACUUUAAAGAGCCUGUCUUGGUCAAACGUGUUAACUUCUAAAAAUAAUGAAUAGCACUCAAUUAAAUGAUAGGCUGCUAAAGUUUUUAGACUCUGUUAAAUUAAUUAGCUGUUUGGGGGUUCUUGUUGAAAGGUAUAUAAUAUGAUUACGUGAUAACCCAAUUUAAAAUAUUUAUGGAUAUUUGUAAAAAGUUAUACUAUGUUAAUUAAAAAUAUUUGUAUUGUAUGGGACAAAAAUUGCUGGGGAACAGAGUAAGCCUGAGGCCAAGAUGUUUCUUAGUCUUUUUUAAAAAACAUCUGCUGAGUAGCUGUACUGGCCAAAGACCUAGAUACCUUGCUUCUCUUGCGUUUGCAUAUCUUCUCAGGAAAUUAAAGUUAUAUCACAUAUAUUUAUAGAAACUUGUUAUUGAUUAUUGUUGAGUUAUAAGCAGCAGUGUGCUGGAGUGCUGGAGUGAGCUAGCACUAAGCUCAUGACAGCUGAUUGUUAAAUUUUUAAAAUUUUGCAAUCUGGUUAUUAAUUACAGUCAUCCUUGAAAUUGGCCAUGGUGGGACUAUUUAUAACAUGGGAACUGGCAACACUACAAAUUAGGGAUUUUCCUUUUGGAGAGCCUGUUCACCAGCACACCACUGUUUGUAAAACUCUCCUUCUUAAUGACUCCUCUCUGCUCCUGCCUCAUUCCUGGGACAAUCGAGGCAGGCAAGGGAGAGAGGAAAAUUGUCAUAUUCCCAGCAAAAGUCCCACAUGGCAAUGAUUUCUCAGGGCAAGAGUGAUCUCAGCAGCUGCAGCCAGAGUGAGGGUUACCAACAGAUGACCUUUGAAUUUUCCUGGUGUUAUAAUUUCAACCUUUGUUUUCAUGUAUACUCUGUUUCCUUUUUGUCUCAAAUAGUUGAAACCUAUAAUAAAUGUAUAUU